AUGUGGCUCAUCUUGCUUCUGCUGAGUGGGCUGAGUGGACUUGGCGGCCCUAGCGAGCCCCAAACAGAAGGCACUCGUGAGAAAUUACACGUGCAAGUCACAGUGCCAGAGAAAAUCCGGUCCGUCACAAGCGAUGGCUACGAAACACAGGUGACCUACAAUCUCAAAAUCGAAGGAAAAAUGUACACCUUGAACCUAAUGCAAAAAGCGUUCUUGCCUCCCAACUUUAGAGUCUACAGUUAUGACAACUCAGGAAUCAUGAAGCCUCUUGAGCAGAAGUUUCAGAAUAUCUGCCACUUCCAAGGAUACAUUGAAGGUUAUCCAAAUUCUAUGGUGAUUGUUAACACAUGUACUGGACUCAGGGGUUUUCUUCAAUUUGGAAACGUUAGCUAUGGAAUUGAACCUCUGGAAUCUUCCAGUGGUUUUGAACACGUGAUCUACCAAGUGGAAUCUAAGAAAGGAGACACACUACUCUACGCCGAGAAGGAUAUCGAUUUAAGAGACCUGCAAUAUAAGAUAAGAAGUAUCAAGCCACAUCGAAUCAUCUCUCACUAUCUGGAAAUACAUGUUGUAGUUGAAAAGCAAAUGUUUGAGCAUAUCGGGGCUGAUACAACCAUUGUCACUCAAAAGAUUUUCCAGUUGAUUGGACUGACAAAUGCUAUCUUUGCCCCCUUUAAUCUUACAGUAAUUCUGUCUUCCCUGGAAUUUUGGAUGGAUGAAAACAAAAUCUCGACCACAGGUGAUGCUAACAAGUUGCUCUACCGGUUCCUGAAGUGGAAACAGUCGUACCUUGUUCUGCGACCACAUGAUAUGGCGUUUUUACUUGUCUACAGGGACACUACUGAUUACGUUGGCGCCACCUACCAAGGGAAGAUGUGUGACAAGAACUAUGCAGGAGGUGUUGCUCUGCACCCCAAAGCCGUAACUCUGGAAUCACUUGCCAUUAUUUUAGUUCAGCUGCUGAGCCUCAGCAUGGGGAUAGCAUACGACGACGUGAGCAGGUGCCGGUGCGGAGUGCCCGUCUGCGUCAUGAACCCGGAAGCACUUCAUUCCAGCGGGGUCAGGACCUUCAGUAACUGCAGCAUGGAGGACUUCUCCAAGUUUAUCACGAGUCACAGCUCCCAUUGUCUUCAGAACCAACCACAGCUACAGCCAUCUUACAAGAUGGCAGUCUGUGGAAAUGGAGAGUUGGAAGAAGAUGAAGUUUGCGACUGUGGAAGUGAGGGCUGUGCAGACAGGCCUCCACCAUGCUGUAAUCCCACCACCUGUAAGCUGUCAGAGGGUUCCGCUUGCUCCAACGGAAUGUGCUGCGACACGAAAUGCAAGCUGAAGGCAAAGGGGGAACUCUGCAGGCCUGCUGCUCAGGAGUGUGACCUCACAGAGUACUGCAACGGCACGUCCGAAGUGUGCGACCAAGACUUCUUUGUUCAAGACGGGCACCCGUGUGCAGAUAGCAAGUGGAUCUGUAUUAACGGCACCUGCCAGAGUGGAGGACAGCAGUGCCAAGAUCUGUUUGGCCCCGAUGCAGACUAUGGUACAAACGAAUGUUUUGCGGAGCUGAAUUCCAAAAGUGACAUAUCUGGGAGCUGCGGUAUCACUCCUACGGGCUACAAGGAAUGCGCACCUAAUGACCGGAUGUGUGGGAAAUUAAUAUGUAAAUACCAAAGUGAAAAUAUACUUAAAAUAAGGUCUGCCGUUGUUAUUUAUGCCAAUAUAAGCGGGCACAUCUGCAUUUCCCUGGAAUAUCCCCACGGUCAUAAUGAGAGCCAGAAGAUGUGGGUGAAAGAUGGAACCAUCUGUGGAACAAAGAAGGUUUGUUUGAAUCACGAAUGCAUAGAAGACACUUUCUUGAACUAUGAUUGCACCCCAGAAAAAUGCAACCACCAUGGUGUAUGUAAUAACAAGAAGCAUUGCCACUGUGACCCCACAUACUUACCUCCAGAUUGUAAAAAUAUAGACGAUUCAUGGCCUGGUGGGAGCAUUGAUAGUGGCAACCAGCAACGGGCUGAGUCAAUACCUGCACGGCCCUACGUUGCAAGUGCUUACCGCCCCAAGUCUCCACGGUGGCCAUUUUUCUUGAUCAUCCCUUUCUACGUUGUGAUCCUUGUCCUGAUCGGGAUGCUGGUAAAAGUGUAUGCCCAAAGGAAAAAAUGGAGAAUGGAAGACUUCUCAAGCGAAGAGCAAUUUGAAAGUGAAAGUGAAUCCAAAGACUAG